UGGAUUUUCACUGCUGUUGCAUGUUAUCAUUCUCAUUUAUAUGGGGAAAAUAAGCAAAACAAAACAAAACAAACCUCUACAGUGUUGAUAUGUAAUUCCUCAUGUACCACUACACGCUGUACUCUCAGCUCAGACUCUAUUUUGGCUGCACAGAGGAAGCAGGGCGGUGUUUGUGUGCAUGGGUGGAGCACAGACUCAGGAAAUGUGUAGAAACCUCUGUGUGACUGUUCUCUACAGUUUUCCCCAUGAGUUUAAUGAGUCUGCUCUCACCGUGGACACCCUCACACGAGUUUGACACCAUGAACUUCGUCAGACAAAAGACAAAAGGUAAGUUCAUCAACUUUUGCACCGUAUUCAAGGAGUGAAUUUUGACUCUUUUACCGUCAUACAAAUACGAGGAGCUAAACAUGCAAAGUGAGCCAAAAUGUAGCUUUAGGCUACACAUGUUCGGCGCGUUAUCGUAUUAGUUUAUAUCUGUUCAAAAGUUUUACUAAGUAUCCCUCAAAGAACUUUUUGUUCGCUGAUUGGUGUAAAGUGACUCAUUUGUCUAGGAUAAUGUUUGCCAAGACCACAUUUCCGUGAUGAGCAGUUCACUAUUUUGUUGCUACGACAACUGAGGCGGUGACCGUUUACAUGACUUCACGAGGACGUAGUGAAGAAGUCAUUGCUCCAGAGAGUUCAAGUACUUUUAAUGGAGACUGGUUUAUUUAGACCCACACUUUCUGCACGAAUUAUAACAUAUGUUUAAAGGUUGGACAGGGAUAAGAAAAUACUUACAAAGUUGUGUAAUGGUAAGGAAAAAAAGGGGGGAACUAUAAAGGUUAAAUUGCACCAUGUUAGUAACAAAUAGGGAACUCCAAAAAUGGUUCACCACACUGAGAGACUGCGUGAGCAACGUUUUAUGAAUUGUGAUAUACUACUGAAGUUAUACUAAAACACAAACGUAAAUGUAAAUGUUCUUUAUUUAUACAGCCCUUUACAACAACCCUUUCGGUGAACCAAAGUGCUUUACAAUACAUAGAAAAUUAAAAUGAAUAAAUAAAAACAAUAAAAAAGAAUAAAAUACAAUGCAAUAAAAUAAAGUGUCACCAUACUACUGGGUAUUAAAAGCCAGCAUAAAUAAGUAAGUUUUCAGUCGGUAUUUGAAAAGGCCAAGGUCGGAAAUUAGUCUCAUUUCGGUGGGGAGCUUAUUCCAGAGCCUGGGACCAGAAACUGAAAAGGCUCGGUCACCCCAGUGUUUGUGUUUUGACCUGGGCACCUCCAGCAGAAGUUGAUUUGAUGACCUCAGAGUUCUACCUGGCUCUCAAACUGUUAAAAAGUUCAGUUAAAUAGAUGGUGAUGAGGCUGUAUCCUUAAAUCAAUCCUUAAAGAGCCGGGAAGCCAAUGAAGGGAGCUAAGGACGGGAGUGAUGUGCUCACAUCUGUUAUUGUUUGUUAAAAGACAGGCAGCAGCAUUUUGGACAAGUUGAAGGCGACUAAGAGAUGAUAACAAAUAACAACAUUAGCUAGUUAUGUCUAUGCCAAGGUUUGUUGGCAUUAUAUGUUAUGAAAGACCAAGUUUUUAGCACCAAAACCCAAAUUCAGAUUUGUAAAACGUAGCUAAUUUUCAUUUGAGAAACAGGUUGUCAAUAACAUUCUUGUGGCCUAAUGUUUGUUUAGACGGACUGAGCCGUGUAAGGUUUGGAAAAUAUCCCAGUGAACAUAUCAUGGGAAGUUUCUCUGGCUCUGUGGCCUCACGUACUCUGCCACUACAGUUUUUUUAGCCUGACUCUGACAGAACACAGCAAAUACUUUUAUAAUCCAACAGUGAGAUCAUCAUACAUGUGCACACCCUAACUCUUGACUCACUUUACAGAAAGUCCCACUGAGCAUGUUGUAAAUAAUCAGUUGUUCAGAUCUUGUGAUGAUAACUCGAGUACUUGAGCACAUCUUCCCUGAAGCAAUGUGCAGUUGUCUCAACACAAGAGGACUGUAACGUAAGAACAGGACUUAUGUAAUUUCCUCUUUUGUACGAUAUAUUUGGUUACUCUAUGACGUCCAGGAAAGCAGAUAAUAAUGUGGAUGUGAUUGUUUUCACUUCGUUUCACUUGGGCAUUGGACGUUAUCCAGAAAGAAAGGCGUCUUUUAUUUUUAUGCUGACCAAAUGUUAACAGGAUGUAAACAUUAUCGGCAAAAUGUUGGGAACUAACUAAAACAGGGUUAUCAGAAGAGUGCUCGAUGUUCCUUCCUCCCAUGUUCACGGUCUGAUAUAUGACCAGUGCGUCACUCAGCCUGCUGCCUCUAUAUUUAGAGCCGCAAACUGAGCUUCCCCUUUGGGUGGAGUGCUUGGAUUAUUCGAUUUUCAAAAAUAUAAACCAAUAUUUGCGAAUGAAAACUUAAUAGUGAAACCACCAUUUCUUUUUUAUCUUUCAGGAUCUGAGCAGCAUUGUUUCCUGCGAUGAUACAAACAAGCUGAAGAUGCAGGGGGCCAUUGCACGAGUGUGUAUGGUGGUGGCAGCUGCCAUAUUAAACCAUCCCAUCCUGUUUCCUCACGAGAACUCCACCCUCCCAGACCAGGAUGAGGAGCUGAUGGCUCGCAUGCAGGAGCACGAAGAGAUGCUAGAAAAGGAGCAGGCCAGGCUGGAGAAAGAGCUGGCCCAGCUGGAGUCAAAGCAGGAAGAAACCAGCGCAGAGGAGGAUUACAACUGGUACUUCUGGAGCGCUGUGUCAUGCCUAGUUUUAAUUACUAUUGAGAUGUGCAGGGUGGAGCUAGCUGACACAGACAUCCGACCAGUUGAGGAUGAAGACCUUCUUUCAGAGAUUGGGUCUGUCACCCCAAAAACGUUUGUACUGGACAAAGACGUCUUGAGAAAUUUCUGUGACAAAUGCACCUACACAUCAGCCCAUGAAAACUGGAGGGUGAGGGAGUUUGUCGAGGGUUUUGUGGAUGACCUGCUGGAAUCACUCAGAAGUGUUUGUAACAGGGAGGCAGACGUGGAGGUCGGGGACUUUGUUGGGAUUGGGAGCAUGUUUGAGUCUUGGAAGGUGUGCAAGCCACUGAUGUGUGACCUCUUGGUGCCUUUCUCACCACCGGAUCCAUAUUCUUUUCAGUUCCACCUGUGGUGCAGUUCUCGCAGUGAUGUGCCUCCGGACAUGCAGGGCUGCAGCAAGAUAAAGGUGACCAAGCAGAGCGAGGAGGGGUGUGUUUGUGGCUCUGCUAACCUGGGAGAGGACAUGCUCUGUCUGUUGCACAGCAGGAAUGAUGUCUGCAAAGUGGACCGCAGUCCUGAUGAGCUCCUCUGCUCCAGGAACACACCUUUCCUGGCCAAAGAUCAAGUCAUGAAGUGGUUUCAGAUAUCUGUAACUAAAGCCUGGGGACGCAUCUCACACAAGUACGACUUUGAGGUCACAUUCCGCAAUCUGGAUGCUGCUGGUGCUCUGAAGGUCCGGUUCAGCUCUGGGAAAGUUAUUGUGAUGAACAUCAUACCAGUGGUUCAGUUGGAGGAUACAGAUGCUUAUUUUGUCUCCCACUUUCCAUCAGAUUGUGAGAGCCCGCCAGACCCGUACUGGCCCCUCUCCCUUGCAGUCUAUGAGAAGAAUUUGUUGAAAUAUUUUUCUAAACGCCUACCACAGCAUUCCUGUCAUUUACACUGCCUUCAGAUCGCCACCUUUUUGCACAGAAAGCAGACAGGGCUCACAGGGAAAAAUGCACUGACAAACUACCACCUUAAAACAGCUCUGUUGCACUUGUUGCUGAGUAAAAAACCCUCCUCGUGGAGCUUUGAGGACAUGGAGCAUAGACUCCGAGAUUUGCUUGCCUUCUUGCAGAAGACUCUGCAUGAGAAAAGACUCCAUCAUGCGCUCAUCGGGAACAGCAAAGUUCCCAAAGAGGUCCAGGUUCCUGAGAUGAUUCGCACAGCAGAGCCCGUCAACCUGCUGCGAUCUCUGGUGUUGCAGACAGACGUUUAUGCAGCAACAGUCCGGCAUUUUCAAGAGAUACUGAGAAAUGCUAAUGUGCUAAUACAAGAGUACACACCUCACUUAUCAAACGGAUAUUUACACCACAGCCUGGAUUAACGAUUGUGAGUUUAGCUCAUGUUAGUUCACAUCUGUGCAAGUACAGAGAUGAAAACAGGUGCACAAACAGACUCUAUUGUUAACUUGGGGGUUAUUUUAUGUACACAUAGUGGUUUCUGCUGCAGCUCCUUUUUUUAGACUCAAGGACGUAACGAGCACCUUCUCAAAACAUAAUAUAAGCAGCAUUUCAAUAAUGAGUUUUAGAAAUCUAGUGACUGUGUCCUGCAAGUAUUAGAGAUACUAUCUGUAAAACUCAUUCAGUACACGAUUUCAGAGGCCUCGAAUUCACCAUUUAUGUUGCUAAUUAUACUCGAUGUACAUGAGCAGCAAAAACGUAUCUUCAUAAAAGGAUGAUAACUUUUAAAACCUUUAUUGUCACUUACCCACAAGGAGACAAAACACCUCUGUGGCUUGAGAAAGAUUUCACACAAAUACCUCUCAUACUAUGGCAGUCUAACAGGUGUAAUGAACCAAAUGAGUUUUGUUUUUAUUCAUACGUUUGCAAAUAUGGCAGCUAUAAAAUAUUGUAAUAGUUCAUAUUUAAUACUUUUCAUUUGCUCAUUAUUUUGAAAGCAGAGUUUGUUUGUUUUCUAUUUUUAAAGGUAACUUUCCACAGUUUCAAGGUUAAAAAUCUUUGGUUUUUAAAUAAAUAAGGCAGACAUGAUGUUUCUUCUGCUUGUUUAUUGUAACACAGACAGAAAAAUCAGAUUAUGACAAGAUAUUUAAAACAUCUAUCAAAAAUGUCAAAUAUUGGAAUGGAUAAAAAGAAGUAGAAUGAGGUUAUAUUUAUGUCUUGAUUGUCCAAUAAAAACAAUGUUUACUCACAGCAGUA